AUGGCAACUGCUGCUGGCACUGGCUCCCCUUGUGGUGCAUGCAAAUUUCUAAGACGAAAGUGUGCUGCAGACUGCAUCUUUGCACCCUAUUUCUGUUCUGAACAAGGUCCAGCUAGGUUCGCUGCCAUUCAUAAAGUGUUUGGUGCAAGCAAUGUUUCGAAACUACUGCUUCAUGUGCCUGCUGCUGAUCGCUGCGAGGCGGUGGUCACCAUUGCAUACGAAGCUCAAGCUAGGAUCAAAGAUCCAGUUUAUGGUUGUGUUGCGCAUAUCUUUGCGUUGCAGCAACAGGUCGCUUGCUUACAAACACAGCUGAUGCAAAUGAAGGCUCAAAUGGCCCAAGGUUUGUUCGAUUCAAGAAACAUAGAGACUCAAUGGCCUGCAGGAACCGCUACAUAUCAGAAUUAUCCAAAUUUCGCGAGUAUUAUGAAUGGAAACAUUUCACUUUCGCCCGAGAGUUCACUUGAAUCCAUUGAUCACAACAGUGAAGGAAUGGGGAUGCAAGAGAGACAAGGUAGAGAGGAUCAUUACCAUGAUAUAUCUUUUCAACAAAUUUACAAUAACAAAAAGAGACCUUUCCCAAGUGAUUUGGGUGAGCUUCAAGAACUUGCUGUUAGAAUGAUGAGGAACUGA